UCCAAGUCAGUCCGGGCCGUCCCGGCUUGCGGGAUCUGCUGGCUGGUGCGGUGCCUGGGUGCCGGGGCCGCUCAGCGCGCCCGGAUGCCGAGCCCGGGGCUUUUGGUGCUCUUCGGCAGCCAGACAGGCACGGCUCAGGAUGUGUCGGAGAGGCUGGGCCGCGAGGCUCGGCGCCGGCGGCUUGACUGCCGGGUGCAGGCUUUGGACUCCUACUCAGUGGUGAAUCUGAUUAAUGAGCCCCUGGUGAUAUUUGUUUGUGCAACUACAGGCCAAGGAGACCCCCCUGACAACAUGAAGAACUUCUGGAGGUUCAUAUUCCGGAGGAAUCUGCCACCGACCUCCCUCUGUCAGAUGGACUUUGCUGUUCUGGGCCUCGGGGAUUCCUCUUACGCCAAACGGUGGUUCACGGCAGCACAGACACAGGCACGUUGCCAACAGCGCUCUCUGGGAGGGUGUCAUUCGAGGCCCGGGGUCUUCUGGCGUGGGCUCCUUCGGGGCUGCUUCCCCUUCACCCUCCAUCCGGGGCCUGCCCAAGCCUCGCUCACUCUCUGUAGGUUCAAUUUCGUGGCCAAGAAGCUGCACCGUCGGCUGCUGCAGCUCGGGGGCAGUGCCCUCUUGCCUGCGUGCCUGGGGGAUGACCAGCAUGAGCUGGGGCCUGACGCCGCCAUUGACCCCUGGCUGCAUGACCUGUGGGAGAAGGUGCUGCGGCUGUACCCCGUGCCCCCUGACCUUGGCGUGAUCCCCCCCGGAGUCCCUGUGCCCUCCAAGUUCACCCUCCACUUCCUUCCGGAGGCCCCCGGGAUGCGCUCUGAGGAGCAGCGUGUGGCCUGUGUGGACCCCCCCGGUCCCCCUUCAGAGCGGCAGCCCUUCCUGGCACCCAUGGUCACCAACGAGAGGGUCACUGGCCCCUCUCACUUCCAGGACGUUCGGCUGAUCGAGUUUGACAUCACAGGCUCUGGGCUCAGCUUUGCGGCUGGCGAUGUGGUGCUGAUCCGGCCCCAGAACCAGGCAGGCCACGUCCAGCAGUUCUGCCGGGUGCUGGGCCUGGACCCCGACCAGUACUUCACGCUGCAGCCCCGGGAGCCGGGUGUCCCCUGCCCGGAGCAGCUGCCCCAGCCCUGCUCCGUGAGGCACCUCGCGUCCCACUACCUGGACAUCGCCAGCGUGCCCCGCCGCUCCUUCUUCGAGCUCCUGGCCUGUCUCUCUCCCCAUGGGCUGGAGCGGGAGAAGCUGCUGCAGCUCAGUGCCCCCCAGGGCCAGGAGGAGCUGUAUUCGUACUGCCGCCGGCCACGCAGGACCGUUCUGGAGGUCUUGUGUGACUUCCCGCACACGGCUGGAGCCGUUCCCGCAGACUACCUGCUGGACCUCGUCCCCCCGAUGCGCCCGCGGGCCUUCUCCAUUGCCUCCUCUCUGCUGGCUCACCCCUCGAGGCUGCAGAUUCUCGUCGCUGUGGUGCAGUACCAGACACGCCUCAAGGAGCCCCGCCGGGGCCUCUGCUCCUCCUGGCUGGCAUCUCUGGAUCCUGGGCGAGGACCUGUCCGGGUGCCUCUGUGGGUGCGGCCUGGGAGCCUCGCCUUCCCGGAGACACCAGGCACACCCGUGAUCAUGGUGGGCCCCGGCACCGGCGUGGCCCCUUUCCGAGCAGCUGUACAGGAGCGGGUGGCCCAGGGUCAGACCGGAAACUUCCUGUUCUUUGGCUGCCGCUGGCGCGACCAGGACUUCUACUGGGAAUCAGAGUGGGUGGAGCUGGAGAGGAAGGGCUGCCUGACGCUCUUCACGGCCUUCUCGCGGGAACAGGAACGGAAGGUAUACGUGCAGCACAGGCUCCGGGAGCUCGGGCCGUUGGUGUGGGAGCUGCUGGACCGCCAGGGCGCCUACUUCUACCUGGCAGGCAACGCCAAGUACAUGCCAGCAGAUGUGUCCGAGGCCCUGACGUCCAUCUUCCAAGAGGAGGGUGGGCUCUCCGGCCCUGAUGCAGCCAGCUACCUGGCCAGGCUCCAGCGGACGCUGCGUUUCCAGAGGUGGCAGUCUACUGCUGGCCUCUCCCCGCUGGCGCCAAGCUGGCUCCCGGUCAGGAUGGCCCCUGGGCUGCACCACCCUGCGUCCGGACGGGGCCCAGGAAGGAAAGGGCAGCCUGAAGGGCAUUGGGGGCUCCCCAGACACCAGCUUCCAGACAACACAGGAGUCUGGCGAGCCUUCCGAGGUGGUCCUGGGGUACAGCAGGUCCCCAGCCCCCCUCUGCCACAUCUCUCUGCCCUCCCACAAAGUAUGCGGUGCUGUCUCAGGGCCUCCCAGGGCCAGGGCCAGGGCCAGGGCCAGGGCCAGGGCCGGAAGGCACCGAGGACCAGAGGAGACCCCCUGCUGGUACACUCUUUCCUCACCCGUUCCCUGGAGAGCCUCCGUAAUAAACUGUGGGCUCUGGGUGGCUGUUUCUGACCUGCUCUUCCUUGUGCCUGUCUGGGCUCCUCAGGGCGUGUGUGGGCCCCCAGCGGGUCUGGGUGGGGACAGCCGUUCCUGGAGGGCGCAAGCAAGCGCACCAUUGCUCAGCCGUCUUUGCUACCAAAGUUCGGGGUCUGACUCUCCUGCGAUGUGUGCCGGCUACCUGCCCACGCUGUGCGUGCUCUGCCCGGACUCCGACAGGCGGGGGGCAGCCUGCGUGGGCCCUGGAAGGAAGGGCGAGGGGAAGCCCUGGAGGGCGCGCUCCGACCGUUCCUUCCCAGCCCCGCAAGCAGCAUUCCUUCGUGGGUCGGAAGUGGGGGCGGGGCCGCCCCGUCCCCGCCCCCGGGAGGGGCCGGCGUGCUCCGAGGGGAAUUCCUGAAGGAGGAGCCA